AUGGGGGCCGAGGAGGCGGCCGGCGGAGGCGGCAGCUUGCCGGGGUUCUUGGGGAGGAAGAACCGGUACGCGCGCGUGGACGACGUGCUCCCGCAGGAGCCGGAGGACGGCGGUGGCGUCCGUGUUCGCGGCGGCGCCGGAAGCUGCCGGAGAUACGUCUUUGCCUGCUCCGUCUUCGCGUCCCUCAACCACAUCCUGCUCGGCUACGAUGUGGGUGCGAUGAGCGGCUGCAUCAUCUUCAUCCAGAGGGAUCUCCACAUCACGGAGGUGCAGCAAGAAGUGCUCGUCGGAUGCCUCAGUUUCAUCUCCCUCCUCGGCAGCCUUGCUGCCGGCCGGACCUCGGACGCCAUCGGCCGCAAAUGGACCAUCGGCCUCGCCGCUGCCGUGUUCCAGGGAGGCGCGGCGAUCAUGGCGCUCGCGCCGUCCUUUGGUCUGCUCAUGGCGGGGCGGCUGCUGGCCGGCAUCGGGAUCGGGAUCGGAAUCAUGGUGGCGCCCGUGUACAUCUCGGAGAUCUCCCCGGAGACGCUGCGGGGCUCCCUGGGGUCCCUCCCGGAGAUCUUCAUCAGCUUCGGCAUCCUCAUCGGGUACGUCUCCAACCUCGCAUUUGCGGGCCUGCCCGACAACAUCAACUGGCGCGUCAUGCUCGCCGCCGGCAUCCUCCCGUCCAUCUCCAUCGCGUUCGUGCUGCUUGUCAUCCCGGAGUCGCCGCGGUGGCUGGUCAUGAAGGGACAGGCCGGCGACGCGCGCGCGGUGCUCGUCAAGGUCUCGGACAGCGAGGAAGCGGCGGAGGAGAGGCUCGCCGAGAUCGAGGAGGCCGCGCGCGCCACCGCCACCGCCUCCGGCGGCAACGGCAAGGAAGCGUGGCGGGAGCUGCUGAGGCCGUCGCCGGUGACCCGCCGGAUGCUGGUCACCGGGCUGGGCGUCCAGUUCUUCCAGCAGGCCACCGGCAUCGACGCGCUGGUGUACUACAGCCCGACCAUAUUCCGCGACUCCGGCAUCACGACGGAGAGUCAGCUCCUGGGCGCCACCGUCACGGUGGGCGUGGUCAAGACGGUGUUCAUCGUGAUCGCCAUCGUCCUCGUCGACCGCGUUGGCCGGAAGCCGCUGCUGUACGUCAGCACGGCCGGCAUGACGGCGUGCCUCGCCUUGCUGGCCGCGUCGCUGUCGCUGCUGAAGAGCGGCGCGCUGCCUGGCGGCGUCGCCGUCGGGCUCGCCAUCCUCACGGUGUGCGGCUUCGUGGCGUUCUUCUCGGUGGGGAUGGGGCCCAUCAACAUGGUGCUGAGCUCGGAGAUCUACCCGCUGCGGCUACGCGCGCAGGCCGUGGCGGCCGGCUUCGCGCUCAACCGGAUGGCCAGCGGCGCCGUGGCCAUGUCGUUCCUCUCCAUCUGCCGCGCCGUGACCGUCGCGGGUGCGUUCGCCGCGUUCGCGGCCGUCUCGGCGCUGUCCGUGGCGUUCGUGCAUCUGUGCGUGCCCGAGACGAGCGGCAAGACGCUGGAGGAGAUCGAGUCGCUGUUCGGCGGCGGCGGUGUGAGCGUGGCGCACGGGAACGGCGGGGCCGGCGAGGUGGAGCUCGGUGACGCCGAGCGGCUUGAGCACAAGAGGCUAGUGUCGCACGCGUCGAGCUGA